UCUCAGUCUGUUGGUUAGAUCGGUUCCUGCCUUCUCUGUGUCUCUCAGACUCCAGAUCUGCGUUUUUCUCACGUUUAGUUCACAGAGGUCUGCUCAAUUUUUUACUUUUUCUGUCUGCUCAUCUGAACACCAUCGUCAAUGCUUCAUCUUGUCUUUCUGUCUUGCAUACCUCUGGUUCGCUUCACUCUUUCUCUUUAAAUAUAUAUUUUCCUGUUUCGCUUUUCUCUCCCCCUGUUGGUUAGACCUUUUCAGGCCCUCCACCUCUUUCGUUCUCUCCUCCCUUUCUCCUCCCCCUAUCAGUUUACUCCCCGUUGCUCUCCUCCCCCUAUUAGCUCUCUCCCUCUCUCUUUGGAGGGUGUGAGUUUUCUUCCUCUGCUGCUAACUCGGUUCUCUCCUUCCGGCUUUGGAACAUACAUCGCUCCGCUCUUGGGACCGGGCCAUUGGAAAACCAUGGGAAAAGGCUGCAUUAAAGCCACCAAGUACUUUCUGUUCCUCUUCAAUCUGCUGUUCUUUAUUCUCGGAGCUGUUAUCCUCGGUUUCGGUCUAUGGAUUCUCCUGGAUAAAACCAGCUUCAUCGCUGUUGUACAGUCCUCAUCGUCUGCUUUGAAAGUUGGAUCAUACAUCUUGCUGGGAGUUGGCUCUGUGACCAUGUUGAUGGGAUUCCUCGGGUGCCUUGGAGCAGUGAAUGAAAUCAAAUGCCUUUUAGGAUUGUAUUUCACCUGCUUACUGCUGAUCCUGAUCGCUCAGAUUACGGCUGGGAUUCUGAUCUACUUCCAGAGGGACGCGCUAAAAUCAGAGAUAUCUGACAUCAUCCAUCAUGUGAUUGUUACCUAUGACCCAAACAUGGAGAAUACAGAGGAAUCCUCAAAUGAGAAUUUUGGGAAAACAUGGGACUACAUCCAGGAGAAACUGAAUUGUUGUGGUUGGAUGAGUCCUUCAAACUGGACGGAAAAUAGAAUCAUCCGGAACAUCUCAGUGACACUGUUUCCAUGUUCCUGUUACCAAAACAGAACAAGACAUGAGACCGGAUUCUGUCAGGGAGACAACUUUCUGCACCAAAAGGGUCUCGAGGAUGGUGUGUGCUGACCAUUUCCUGAUGGACUAGUGGUCAAUGGUGUUUUUCUUUGCAAAAUUCUCGAUGAACGACAGGUGAUAUGGAACAGGCCAACUACUUGGAGCAUUCAGCGGCAGUGAGGGCAGUCCCAUCCUUCACAACACCUGAGACAGUUAGAACCUCAGUACAUAGUGACACUUAGCGUUUGUGUACCAAAGGUCGACGCGCAGCUUGAUGCAGCUGCACACAAAGAUGGCUAGCAGGUUGAGGAUGGCGCUAGGUACAUUCCUUCCUAAUCCAGAGCUUUCCACAUGGUUUCCCGUGGACACAGUCCGUCUUAGAGUUCCUGAUAAAGUGGAAGAUGUUUCGGGUCACUGCAACGGAGCAGGUUUGGGAAGUGGGCCAGAUCUGUACCACAUACAACAACAGAGAGAGUACCUCGUACAAGGUUUUUACAGCUAAUGGAGAUGGAGUGAUGCUUCGAAAAGCCAAGUUUCCACCUCACCUUUGCAAUAUGCGCUUUCCAAGUUUUUGUGGACACCCUGGCCACUCCGAACCAUAUUCCUGGCACUAUCAUGUAAUCUGUUCGUGUUAUAUUGUGUUGGAAAUAGUGGAUGUCAUUGUGACAGAGUACUCACAUCAGUGAGGUUUAUGUACUGGGCAGUGAGAGGGUUUUGAUAAAUAUUGUGUGACUAUUUCUUGUUUUGUUUA